AUGCCGAAACACGGAGGAAGAGACGCCCAACUCGGCCCGUCGCAUGUGGAAGGAGCGGCGCUAGAAGAAGGACAUUCUCCAGCGGCCGAGGAGAAACAGGACACCGCGUCUGCAGUGACAGCCGCGCGAGACUCCAUUCCAACAAACGUCUCAGGGAAUUGCCGACGGCCUUGUCCAAACAAAAUGCUCUCCUUUGCCCUCUUCUCACUGGUUUUUCUCUUCUUUCUCUCGGGAUCCCACUCCCUGGUGUCGUCAAUCCUUUCUCCUCGCGGCUUUCGCGGAGCCGCUGAGCCCGCAUGCUCCACUCUGGCGCUGACAAAUCUCCUUCACGAGUCGCCUGCUCAGGCGCUCAGAGCCCUCCAGAACUUCCUACGCACGCCAGUGUCUCCACCUACGCCCUCCUCACGCGGCCUGCGAAACGCGAAGGAGGCUCUGAAGGCAACCGAGAGAGAGGAGAGAGAGAAGGAACAAGACGAGAAGGAGAGAGAAGAGAAGGAGAGAGAAGAGAAGGAAAAAGACGAGAAGGAGAGAGAAGAGAGAAGAGAGAUGGCCUUGUCGCCCUUCUUCUCGCCGCUGGUUGUGGGCGUGCUGUGCGCUGCCCAUCCGGAGAAGGCGCAGAUUGUCUCGCAGGUUCUCGGCUUGUCGCUGCGAGGUUCCGCCGCGGAGCCGCGAGGCAGUGAGAGAGAAAACGGGCGGCUUUCCCCUGGAGAACUGGCCGUGGAAGGCACGGCCCGACUCCACGGCGAACGAGAACAAAGUUUUUUCGCGUCUCUUGAGCAUUUGCCUGGCGCGUCACCGGCCGUGCUUCUCCGCCUUGACUUCGCUCGGACGCCCUUCUCGCCUCCGACCACAGAAGAGGGCGAAGGCGCGUUGCCGAUAGACGCGCCGGAGAACGCGAGUUCCACGCUCGCUGCUCUCUUGCGGAGCGACGGAACAGCCGCCGAGGCAGCUAGUUGGGCGAGGAUCUUGGGCCACGUCGGGUCAGUCGCACUCCUUCCGCUUCACACGGGUCAGCUCCGUUUCUUUCCAGCAGCGGCGCACCCGGCCGCUGCUGCGGGGGUGUCUCGCUCUCAGGAAGAAGACAACCCUUGCACUCGAAACGAAGCGCGCUCGCCUCCAGGAACAGGAGACACUCCCCCUCUGGCUGUGGAGCUUCCCGACGAGGUCGCUGUGAUCCUGAGAGGCCUCGGUCGUGGUCUCGAGGAGAGAGCGAGAGAGGCCGGAAGACAGCAGCCGAGUGGAGGCGAACCGUUCCGUAUCGUUGUUCUUCUGAUGGACACGCCUGACGAAAACUGGGCGGCGCUGGCCAGUCAAGCCGUCGCGCAUGCAGUGGAGGAAGUUGUGAGAAGGCGCGAGACAGAGAGGCGGCCAGCGGCCAAGAAUUCCGGAGAGAAGGACAGCGACGGCGUCCCGUCUUCACAGCCGGCUUCUCCACUUGUCUCGGCACGCGUUCUUCCCGUCCCUCCCCUUUCGUUGGAUUCCUCCUCCGGUUCGCCGGCAAUCGCGUUCGGUUUGGAAAACGAGUUUCGGUCGCUCCUUGACGAAGCGCGUCGCACUCACGAACUGCGAACGAGGGAGAGACAGGAGCGACUGGCCGCGCAUGCAGAGAAAGCGGCGCAAGCGAAGAAAGAAGAAGGGGAGAAGGCGGCGGAAACGACUCGGAGAAAGGUGAAAGAAGAGAGACAGGCCGCCAAGAACAGAGCUGGAACGAAGGGGGAACAUGACGAGAGAGAAGACGGCGAACGUGCGCGGAGAGCAGGAGACGUUGGACACGGAAACGCGGUGAAUGAAGCCAAGGGGGAGAAUGAGGCUGCCACAUCUCCGCGGAGUCUAUACACUGGGAAAAAAGACGAGGAAGAACUGUGGAGCCAGGCGUAUGACACCUUGCCAGACAUCCUCGUGAAGAAGUUGUUUCCGUCGUGGGCAUUUUCUUCGCCAUCGAGGGGGGAACGAAAAGCGGGCGAAGAAGCCUUGCCGACGCUGCCUCAGGAGGUUCAAUUUCCUGCUCUCCUCGCUCCAGAUGUUCUCUCCUGGAAGGUGCACGAGAGGCUCCUCGCUCAUGUGACGCCCGUCCUUCAAAAGUGGCGAAAACGCGUCGAAAUCGAGGGGAAAAUGAUUCCGAAUUUCGGGAAGGAAGCCAGGGAGAUUCUUCAAACGCUCCUGCCGCUGUUCGAUGCUGCGACCCUCGCCGCUGUGAAUACCCCAGCACGGCUGCUGGCCCGCCGCGAUCUUCAGACGCUUCUUCAAGACGAACUUCGUCAUCUCUAUCUCCAGCAGUUGAUGCUUCUCGAGCGCCGCACCCGCGUCCGACUCCGCGCCGCUCUCCUCGCCGCGCUCAAGGCCUUCCCGCCCCCGCGCCAGGCUCUGCGGGCACUGUGGUCGGGAGAAAAUGAGGAAAACGAGGUCGCGGCGGCGCGCGAACGCAUGCAUCGAGCUGCGGAAGAAGUCCUCACGCAUUUAACGAACGAAGCAGCGACGCUCCUGCCGAGCCUGUCCAUCGAGACGGUGGAGCGUCCAGAGGCUCUGGCCGCCUUCUCUCGCUUCUCGGCGGAUUUUAGGUCGGCCUGGCGUUUGCCUGCAGGCGAGUUUGCAGAACACGCGAAGGAGAGAAUUCGUGCUGUCUCGCGAAAGGCCGUCGCCGCGUUCCAGGCAAACACGACAAGCCUUUCCGAACGGCUCAAAGUUGCCUCUUGGAUGCGCGCAGGAGUGCAACGCACUCGGGCCUUCGUAUCCCGAAUUACCAAGACAACCAUGACUUCCCCGUCGUCUUCUCCCUCUUCUUCUCCCGCUUCUUCUUCAUCUGCGUCUCCCUCUUCUUCCUGCUCUUCUCCCUCUUCUCCCCCCUCUUCCUCCCCCUCUUCCUCCCCCUCUUCCUCCCCCUCUUUUUCCCCCUCUUCUUCCUCUUCUUCGUUUCUAGCUUCUUCUCCUCUAUUUUGUGGGAGAGAUGCAGAGAAGACAGCCAGUGGAAGCGGAGCGGGCGGUGCGCUGGAGGGAGAAGAGAGGCUUUCUGAGCAAGUUCAGAGUCGCCUGAAACAGGCUGCCAGUGCCGCGUUUGAAGCGGAGCUUGCGAAACUGCAUGCGGCGCUCAUGGGGAAGUUGACGGACUCACUUCGCGAGCUCACAGAAGAGUUUGGCGCGAGCCCGCUCGCCGAUAAAAUUCGAAAGCAGUCGAGUUUCCUCGGGGGCGUUUCGCUGCGAGAAGCUUUUCGCUUCGCGGUUCGGCCCAGUCUCUCCCUGACGGCGAUGCUUCGACGCCGAGGCGAAGGAAACGUUCAGGGCUUCUUCGCGUAUAACACCGGUCCGCUAAACAUGAUUUUGGGCAACGACGCACCCGUCGUUCAGCCUGACGGCAAGCUGGCUCCAGCCUUCCGCCUCCAACCGAAAGUUCACUUCGACGUGGUUCGCAGUCCCUCGACGUAG